AUGACUUCACAGUCCUUCUCCCCCAAACCGCAUCCUGUGCCUCCAAGUCGAGAUGUCUGUAGAUGCUGUCGCCCUCUCGAAAACGAGCUUGAAGUCGCGUUAAAGAUAUCAUAUUACCGUAUCUGGACUAGCGCUGUAAACAAAGCAAAAGCCCUAAGCCAAGACACACUAUACUAUAUUAGGAAUGGAGCCCUACUUUCUCUCCCACAUUGGAAAUUGGCGAGAAAAAACAUCGAAAGUCAAAGCCCGAAGGAAGAUUCGACACUUUCUCGCACCUUUCGACGAACUUCGCGGACUCACGACGACGACCCUUCCGACCUUUCCAACCAUAGCCCAUUUACCCGCGCGAGCAGGAGUUGGAAUACCGCAACCAUGGCGACCGAGUUGACCGUCCAGUCGGAGCGUGCCUUUAUGAAGCAGCCGCACAUCUUCACCAACUCCAAAGUAAAGUCCAAGAGCAAGUCUGUCGGAAAGGGUGGACGAAGAUGGUACAAGGACGUUGGUCUGGGCUUCAGAACACCGAAGACCGCCAUUGAGGGAAACUACAUUGACAAGAAGUGCCCCUUCACUGGUCAGGUCUCCAUCCGUGGCCGUAUCUUGACCGGUACUGUUGUUUCGACCAAGAUGCACCGUACCCUUGUCAUCCGACGAGAAUACCUCCACUAUAUUCCCAAGUACUCCCGUUACGAGAAGCGACACAAGAACCUCGCUGCCCAUGUUUCUCCUGCCUUCCGUGUUGAAGAAGGUGAUCAGGUCACCGUUGGCCAGUGCCGACCACUGAGCAAGACUGUCCGAUUCAACGUUCUCCGCGUUCUACCACGCACCGGCAAGGCCGUCAAGGCAUUCCAGAAAUUCUAA